CGGGGAGAACAAAAGGAGGGAUUUGUGGGCCUUAGCAACCAGCACAAACCCCUUGAGUUGAGUUCUGGCCAAAAGCAAAGGACAAGCCUCUCCGUACAGGAAUCCGAGCAGUUUCAGUUCUCUCUACAGUGCUCAGCCACAGACUAUGCAACGGUGAAGUUCUCUCUCACACAACAUGGAGAGCCCUCCCUUUAAAGAGUGUCUCUGCGAACUCUGCGACUGUGGAGCUGUUGCCAGAGAGACAAGCCCCCUUGAUGCCACCUAGUUCUCAGAUGGUUGCUUGCUUCCCAUGCAGCCGCCACAAGCGCCACAGGAACUGCCGAAAGCAACGGGUGCUGCUGGCGCAGCCGAAGACUGGGAAGAGCUGGCUCUCUCACUACAAGGCAACUUACACGUGCCCACCAGCUGUGCACCCGCGCAGCAGCAAGAGGCCCCCCUGCACCCCUCCACACCCAAAUCCUCCUCCCAUGGACCUCCAGACCACCCAGAGGGCAGAGUUUGUCGUCUGGGAUCCAGGCAAGAGAACCAAGCAUCCCACGAAGGAGAGGAGAGGCCAGCACCCACAGGGACCCUUCCAGAGCCGGGCUCUCUGCCGGCUCCCCUUCCUACCACGGGCAUCCGCCCUCUCGCAGCAUCCGAGCAAGCUCCAGCCCUGCAGCUCUGCAGUCAAGAACGGCUCCAGAAGCAAGGGAUUCAAGAGGCAGCUUCCAGACCAGCCAGGAGUAAAUGUUGUCACCACCCCCAGCCACCCCUUGCCCUUGGGGAAGGGGGCAUUCCUUGCAGAGAAGAGGGCCAUCACAAAAUCCUCAGAACCAGCAGCAGCUGAAUAUGUGACCAAGUACCAAAGCGAUUUCCAAGAACAAAGGGCCUUUCUUGGCCAGGCUGCACCUGCCCUGCCUCCUCUGGACAACCUGGCAAUCAACCCAGCUUUCAGAACCAACUUCCAGACUGUCCACAGAGAGAGCUACCGUAGCUGGAACGCCUCUGCAUACUCUCGUGCCAAGCUCAUCACGCUGAAAAAGAACCGGGGGGCAGAGGAAGGUGGGAAAUUUGAAGGAGACGACAUUACCAAGCUUCCUUAUCACCUUCCUGUCCUCCUCAACCAUGUGGAGCCCAUUAAACAUCCAGGCACAGCCCUGAAAUCUCUGGGUGCCCAGUUUGACAACUCCACAGCACACAGGUUCUUCUUCAGGGACUGGGGAGCUCAGCCUCGUAUUCGAUACGGAGACCCCUGGGAAAGAAGCUGCACCCACUCCUUGGGCCAUUUUGGAAGCCAAACCACAACAUGCAGCACUUAUCUGCUGAAGAGAGCGGAGAAGGCCAAGAGCUACAAGCCAGAACUGAAACCCAUCCAGACUGAGGGAGGGCAAGAUUUUGCCACCAUCCACAGAGAGGCUUACAGGCAUAUUCCACUCCCUGUCUGUCAACUGCAAAUGUACCUAGCCCAGCAACAGAAGUCUAGGAAAGAAGCAGACGACUAAAGUGUGACUGUGCCAGAAGGGUCAGACCUCAGGGACUAAUGGCUGAACAUCGUGGAUUUUAAAGGGGGCUGGAAUCUAUGUUCCUUCGCAAAUUAUAAAAUUGUACUCUCAAGUUCUGUUCAUGUUUGGAUAUUGCCAUAGCAAAAACACACUUGUGUUCAAUAAAAAGGAGUAAUAUAAACUCGAAA